UCCCUCCCUUUGUGCUGCCCCCCACACAUGGCCCUGCCCACCCCACCAUAUGUCCUGAGCUCAGCCCAGAGCCCUGCCUCACAAUAGCUGCCCAUGUCAGCUGGGUCCCAGGGUCCCACGUCUGCAUCCCAGGGUGUGAUGGCCACUCAGUUCUUCACCUACAAGGGGAUCCCCUUCCCCUGCCUGGAGUAUUCACCUGAGACACUCGACUACGUGGACAGACAGUUCCAGGUGCAGGACGAUGACAUCUUCAACAUCACCUACCCCAAAUCAGGCACCAACUGGAUGCUGGAGAUCCUGAGCCUGAUUCGGUGCGACGGGGACCCCAGUUGGGUGCGCAGUGUGCUGAACUUGAGGCGGGCCCCCUGGAUCGAGACCAACAGGGGGCUGCAGAAUGCCCUGAGGUACCCACCGCCCCGGCUUCUCAGCUCACACCUGCCCAUCCAGCUCUUCCCCAGGUCCUUCCAGAGCUCACAGGCGAAGGUCAUUUACACCCUGCGCAGCCCCAAAGAUGUGCUGGUCUCACUCUAUCACUUCUCCCAGGCCCUGCACCUCUACAAGGACCCUGGACCCAUGGAUGCCUUCUUGCAGGAUUUUCUCAGCGGCAACCUCCACUACGGCUCCUGGUUCGACCACGUGGCUGGCUGGCUGGGUCUUCGGGGCCAAAAGAACUUCUUCUACAUCACCUAUGAGGAGCUGCAGCAGGACCUUCAGGGAAGUGUGGUGAGGAUCUGCCACUUCCUGGGGAAGAAGCUGAGUGAAGAACAAAUAUCCUCAGUGGUGAAGAACGCUUCCUUCCAAACCAUGCGGGAGAACCAGAUGUCCAAUGGUUCACAGAUCCCUGAUGAGUACAUGGAUCACCAGAAAGGGCAGUUCCUUAGGAAAGGGGUGUCUGGAGACUGGAAGAACUUGCUGUCAGAGGAGCAGAGCCACCGCAUCACCACCAUGUCCUGCGAGCGGCUGCAUGGGCUUGGUAUUGACUUUCCCUGGGACUGACAUACCCCCAGGGCCCCUCUGUGCAGCUCCAGCCAGGGUAUGAGCCAACACACCCCUCCCCUAAGCCCCACAGCUGCUGUAAACCCAUAGAGGUGCUGUCAAUUCUCCAGAGAAGAGUCUGAGACUGGCAUAGGGGUGCACCCCAGGCACAUGCACCCCAGGCAACUGCAGGCCAUGAGGGGAGCGCCUUGGUCCUAGGUCCCCACAUCACUUCCACAGCAUCCCUGUGCCAGGAUGCACUUGAUCCUUUGCUCUAUACCUUCCAUGCCCUUGCUAAGAGAACCCAGCUGAGCCACCUCACCCAGGCUUUCUUUGCCCCAUGGGUCAGCCCAGGCCUGCCCCUAUUAGAGCUGAGCCUGCCCCAGGGCUGCUAGCAACAUAGCCAGGCACUGUCUUCUGUUCAGCCGUUAAGCCGUCACUGGCUUAAACAUGCAGUUCUGGGGCAGCCCAAGCUGUUGGCUUAGGGUGGGUCCAGGUCCCUGCAGAGGCUUCAACACAACACCCAUAACCAGGACACUCAGGCCCAUGACAGCAAACUGCAGUCAUGGGUCCUGAAUGUGCUGUUGGCCAUUCUUUGGGUAUUUGAAGUCUGUUAUCAAGUCCCCUGGGCCAAUCUGUUGGGGCAGGGUGGGGAACAGGGGGGCUGUGAACAGCCAGAGAGGCAGAGUGGCCUGUAGAGGGGCUUGUAGGGAGGCAUAAGGGACUGAGGAGACAGACAGAGAGUUCAUAUGGGACAGACACUGGGUGUGGGGGAAAAGAAAGAAAGAAAGAAAGAAAUGUAGGCAUGGGGAAGGGAAGACACAGCCAGAAGAGGGCCCAUGGAUGAGCAGGACACUUUUCUGUGAGAUGUGUAGGACUCUUCAAACCUUGGGGACUGUGUGGGAGCCAUUUUGACUCUCUUUGAGCAAGUGAUGGAAUAACGGCAACACUGGACAGACAAAUAGACUUCUCUGGGGCCCAAGUGAGCACCGAGGAUGCUGGGAUGGUCUUGACUGCCCCAAGCAACCUUUCUAAAUGCUGCAGACUCUUGCAAUCUCUGUAUUGCUUAGACUUCUUAUUGUAGGGGCUUCCCCUGCAAGGACAACAGCAGUCAGUGUGCCCCAGUGGUAGAAUAAGUGCUGGGACUCUGGGCACACCUCUGCAGGGAUUGUCUUUGCAUUUAGAGACCUCUUUCCAUGCACUGAACAUAGAGGGAUGGUUCUGGGUGUGGGUGUAGUUCUGAAGGACUGGUGACUGGCUCUGCCUUCUGCUCCCAGGAAAGCAUGGGGGCAGUGUAGCUCACCUCAGGAUGAUGGACAGCAAAGGAAAGGAGCAAGUACCAGAAAAACUUGCAGGAACUAGGCUCAGCACUGGGCCAGAGGAAGGUCAAUGGGGCAGGGGACAGGGAGGCGGGGAGCUAAGCUAGGUUGUGUGCCAGGUAUGAGAACAGAUUGGGGCAAGGGCACCCUUAAAGGGCCCCAUGACCCAUUCCCACCUCCUGAUCCAGCCAGUGACCCUUCCUGGGGGCUGGAUCAGGCCCAUCACCCCAUGGAAAGGAAAGGCCCCAACCCUGCUCCCUUUCCCAGAAGCCAGCUAGUGCCUGAGCCCUGGGGCAUCCCUGAAGGGACCAGAAAGGGGUUUUUUGAGCCCUCCAAACCCUGUUAUCCAACACCUCUAGAGCUGAUCCCUCCACCCUUUGAGCCACCCUUGGCCUGUGCCUGCUGUUUAUUUCUCUGAGUUGGGAGCUGACGCUACCACAUGCCAUCCCACCAAAUCCCUCCAUCAUGGAACACCUCAGCCUGCCCCCCUCCUCCCUCCCAGUCUGACAUUGCCUCCCCAGAAAGGGUUGUCACCAGCCAACACCCUGAAGUGCAAUCCCCGCCAUGGUGCCUGGAGGCCAAGCAAGCAGCAGCCGCCAUCGUGUUCAUUGCUUUCAUCUGUGCAGCUGCACAGCACCCUGGGUGGGUUGCACAAGGCCAAUGCUGCUUGGAUCAGGGCUCCCAUGAACUGUGACAUCCUGAAGGUCCCACCAACCCAGCCAUCCUGGGACUCCAUGACCAGGGGCCACGGUAUCUCUGGUGCCUCAUGGCACUUGGGCUCAGCGUGGACCUGCCCUUCUGGUAGUUCCUGCAUGCUGAGGCUACACCAGGCUCUUCCACAGAACCAGGCAUAAUGUUUACUCCCUCCCCCCACCCCAGGGACCUAGACAGCACCCCUGUGCUGUGCAUGAGCUGAGGCCUGGCCCCCAGGGAACAUUCCUGUUCAGCACCAGGAAUGGUAAUUACCUGUGACACAUUUGACCGUCUUUACAGUGACAGCAUCUGGCUUGGUGCCUGAUUCUGAACAAUGACACCC